CCUUCCUCUCUGAAAUCAAUAAAAAGAUACAAAAAGGUACUUAAAAAAGAAACCAGGACAGAAGAAAAGGGGAGACUGGGAAUGAGGAGGAAGACAGGGGGAGAGGAAAGAGCGUGAGCCCAGGGAAGGGGGCUUUGAGUUGGAGGGGAGUCUGCAAGGUCGGUGAGGACCCCAUGCUUUGCCAGGGCCCCCGGCCAGCUGCCAGCUACCAGCUCACAGGGCCAGUGCCCCACCCCCAGGAACCUCCCCGACUUUUAAUCUGGGAGCUGUUUCUACUUGUAGGAGAAUGUGGUCUCUGGACAUCCCUGGAAACCGAGGCUCCAGGCCCCGCUACAGCCCUGCCUCAGCUCCCGUUACCAGGAAACUGGGGGGAAGGCAUUUCCUGCCUGGAGGUCUUGGCAGCUCCCACUGCCAUGGAGACCAGCGUGGAAGCUGGGAGGGCCUCGGUCUCCUCCCACUGCUCUGCCCCAGCCAGCGGGAGGAAGAGGAGGCCAAGGGCCCGGACAACUGCAGGGCCCCAGCCCCAAAGAUGGCCAAAUAGGGGCCUCAGCCUGGGCCCACCUACCCAUCACCCACGGAUCCACCCCCACACACUACACCUCCCAGCAGGGCCUGAACCCUGAAUAGAUCUCAGCCCCAGGCCCUUCCUUAGCUGGAAGUCGGGGUACCAAAGCCCCACAUCUGUCUCCUCCCCCCGCAGCCAUGUUUAUCACGGUGAUGUUUGGAGCUGGCUGCCGGGAGCUGGUGAACCCGUGGUGCAGCCUGGUGACUCUCACUGCCCACCUACGGCAGAGGGGGCGGGUGCCUCCAGAUGCAACCAUCGCCCUCCUGGCUGAGGAUGGGCACCUGGUGAGUCUGGGCAGUGACCUGGAGGAGGGGACCUCCCAGGCCCCCUCCUCCUCCGGCAGCCCCCUGCUGCAGGAGCGUGGGACCUAUGUCCUCGUGCAGAUCAUCAAUGGGGAGAGCGGGGCCCCCACUCGCUAUGAGUCCCUCCUAGAGAACCUGGAUGGCCGGUGUCCAGAGCUGGCAGGUGAGUGUCAUGGCAGAGCCCUGGGGUGGGGAGGUAGCAUCUUCUUCCAGCCCCGACAGGCAGGGCUUCCUGGGCUUUGCAGAGGCGCUGCGCCGGCUGUCGGGCCUACCCCCCCUGGGCAACAGCCGGAGGAGACGUACUGGCACUCGUACUGGCACUCGGCGUGGCCACCAGGACCAAGGCCCUCCUUCGAGGUCCCAAAGGCUGGGCUCCCUGCUGUCCAGGCCCCGCUAGCGGGGGCCAGAAGCCAGCAGCCCCGUGACGAGGCACACCACCACCCAGUGGCCCAGCUAGACUCAGAUCCAAAGGGGAUGGCCGUGACCUCUGCCUUGUGUGAUCAGGCCCAGACAGACAGCAGCCCCGCAGCAUUCCUCUUACAAAACCUGGAAUUACUGAGUUGUAUCUGCAAGAGGCGCAAGGUCACAGACAGGCUGUGAGGCUGCUGGGGGGGGACCCCUCCGAUGUGGGCGCAGAGGCAAGAAAGGUGGAGGGGCAGGCAUCCCUGGGCGAGUAGACAACUGGGAAUUCCAGCUCCCAGAGCCAGACGCCUUUUAGGUCACCUGCUAAUGCCUCACUGCCCGCUCUGACGGCUCAAGGCUGUGGGAUUACCAUAGGGCUCCUCCCUGCCCACCCAGGAGGCAGCUUGGUGAGUCAGCCACCCCACCUCUUCAACCACCGUGAGACGGCACACAGCAGGUUCUGGUCUAAGAUAAACUUUUAAUUGCACAUUUGUGUCUCUGGUCAUGUAUGGGGUGAGGAACCCACAAAAA